CAUAGUGUUUCAGCUUUUGACCGCUGCAGAUGUUUGCAACUGCAACCAGCGGUAUUCUCCUUGCAACUGGCUGGUUCGUUCACAUGUCAAGCUACGCUAGGAUUCCACGUCCCGGGCGUCUGUGUAUCCUCAACGGUCUAGAACUCCCCCGGCAAGACAACGUCCAGUACACAAGCCCGUUAGGACAGCCAGCUAUCAACGUCAAAGUUGCUUCUGUGCUUGCUGGGUUGGUUAGGCGUCGUCAACAAGCAAACCUUAUGCUUGCUUCUUCAGGACCUUGAGAUCCACUUCGGGCAGCAUCUCGCUCCCUUCUGUGCGACCUUAAUUACAGUGAGUCAAGAUGAUCCGUAAGACCCACAAGGGUUGCCCUCAUAAACCCUCGUCGAGCUCCUAGAUUUGCAGCCAUCCAAUGUCUCAGAACGGUCAUGAUGUGCGCUGACCUC